AGACUAUUCUUUCUUGUAGGAAAUCAACGCAGCACUUAACCCCGAAGAACAAAGCCAUCGCUCCUAAACAACCGACAGACCAAUUAAGAGCUUCUCGCAAACCAUCGAGCAUUCUUCAAAGAAGAAUCGCGUUUCGAGCUUCGAAGAACUGCAAACGCAGAAGCAACGGGCGUUUGAACAACUCUUCUAGUUGCGCAGAAACAAAGAGUAUUUCAACCAAUAACACAAACUCCAAACAUAGGAAAAUAAACGACGACGAAACGACUUCGUCGAAAAAUCCUAUGAAGAAAAAAAGGUUAUCUCUAAAUUUCAAUAAUUGUUCGAAUCAGUUACAAAAUAACGAGAAACAAAGUACGCAACAAGAAGAUCUAUAUAAGAAACUCAACGACGGUACUUAUACCUGUGAUAUCUGCCAAACGACCUUCGAACAGAAGAGCAAGAUCCUCCGUCAUAUUACCAGCAAGCACAGCUUCCACCGACCCUUCAAAUGUUCAACUUGCAACAAAACCUUCAAGUACAAAUGUGACUUGAAAGCUCAUCGUCUAAUCCAUCAAGACGUCGAUUCCAGUUUAUUACAUUGCUGCGACAAAUGUGAUUAUCGUACGAAGACGAAGAACAACCUCAAGUCCCAUUACAUUAGAAGGCACACGGACGAUUAUAAAUUCGCGUGUGAACACUGUGGGAAGCGUUUCAAAAUGGAAUGGGACUUGAAAUUUCACAUUGGAACUCACAGCAAUUCGCAGCACAUGUGUGACAUCUGUGGAAAAUUUUACACGAGCAACUAUUCUUUGUAUAAGCAUAGGAAAGUAGCUCAUUUGAACGAAUAUAAGUUCCAAUGUAACGUUUGUAAUAAAAGGCUCUUAACACAGGAGAACUUAGACAAUCAUAUGCAACAACACAGUAGAACGUACGAGUGUAAAGACUGUGGAAAGGUAUUUGCAUCAAAAAGGUAUCUAGCGACUCAUAUGACUACACAUACAGGCGUGAAACCGUAUACUUGUCAUAUUUGCAAGAAAAACUUUAGAACAUCGCAUAUGAGAAAUACGCAUCUUUUAACGCAUUCCACGGAAAGGCCACAUAUCUGUGAUCUUUGUGGACAGUCCUUUAAGAGGAGAUAUUAUAUGAUAGAGCAUAGAAGGAAACAUCCUGAUGCUCAUUUGUCUUCGCCUCCUGUGCCUCUUGGGAAAAAGAAAAGCGUUACCGACACUGUGACUGAAUGCCAAGCGGAGAUUUCGCUGUAACAUAAUAAUAC